AUGUCUAAAAGUGUCGAAACGGAUCAUGACUUUAGCGAUACCGAAACACUCAAUGAUGAAAUCCAAGCUGCUCAAGUGACGGUGACAGUUAGAUCAAUGGCUGUGGGGUUGGUGACUACUUGCAUUGGUGGAGCUAUUGCUCAGUUAUUCGUUUUCAAACCUGUUGCAAUGAGUGUACAUGCCCUAGUACUGCAAGUAGCUUGUCUAGUUCUGGGACGUAUAGUUGAAAAUAUUCCUGGUCCCAGAUGGUGGAAUCCUGGACCUUUAUCAAUCAAAGAGACUGUAUUUUCUGCCAUCAUGGCGACUAGUGGUGCAGCUGCUACCUUGAGCGUUGAAGUUAUUGGUGCUCAAGAUUUAAUUUUUGGAAAGAGACCUGCUUUCUGGUUUUGCCUCUUGCUAUCAUUUUCUAUACAAAUGAUCGGGUUUGGUUUAGCAGGAAUCACUUCAACAACCAAAAACCAAGUCUCGACUUUCAAAAAAGUCUUUACAGCGGCUUUGAUUUAUGAAGCUAUUCCUACUUAUGUUGCGCCUGCUUUACAAGCCAUCAGUCCAUGGUGUUUAACGCUACCUCAAACACCUGCUAUCACUCAUCUCUUUGGUGGAUCUUUAGUUGGCGAGGGACUAGGAGUACUCUCUGCAAGCUUAGAUUGGGUACUUGUGGGGAGCUAUGGACCUCUCUUUGUACCUCUGGAAGCUCAAAUUGUAGAUUGGUGUGCGACGACAUUUGGAAUAAUUUUGAUGUCAGGCGCUUAUCGGUACAAUUGGUUUGAUGGAGGAAACUUACCUUUCAUUUCAUUUCAGUUACUAAAUUCAGAAGGAUCAUCGUUUAAUUUUACGCAAACAGUCAAUCCGGAUGGCACAGAAAACAUUCAAGGAGUCAAUCAAAUUGGUUUACCUAGAUUUUCUACAAGUGUGAUAUUGGGACUAUCUGGUAUAUUACUUGCUUGUUCUUCUUCAAUCACAACUGGUUUAUUGUUUCACUGGGAACAAAUUUCAACUGUUUUUAAAAAGAGUAGUGAUCCUGAUUUAGAAGAUCCUCAUCGAAAGCUUUGUAAAUCUAAUCGUGAAGUUCAUUCUCUUUUUUUUGCUGCUCUCACAUCUCUAGCUUCUCUGAGUGCAUUUAUCUGUUUUGCGCGUAGUGAAUCUGGUUUAUCAUGGGGGGCAGCAAUCACAAGUUUACUCACAUCCAUUGUCUUCAGUUUAGCAUCAGGUAUCUUUUUUGGUGAGGUAGGACUUCAGCUACCUUGUAAUGCUGUUUUCCAAAUGUUAGGGCUAGGAGGAACAGUUGUUGCAAAAUGUACUUCUACUUCACAAGAUUUGAAAUUAGGUCAAAGAUUUGAGCUUUCAGGGCUCUCUGUGGCCUGUGCUCAAUUCAUUGGAACAUCAUUGGGAGCAAUUGUGCAUCUUGGAACUAUGAGAUUAAUUUUAGACUCACAAAGGGAGGUACUUUCAAAUGGUCAUGGGAAUGGGGUGUACACAAGUUGGGUUUUGACUUCUUUAGCUGCUCAAUCAACAACUUGGGGACUAUUCAGUAGAAGGCUAUAUGCACCGGGUCAGAUAUAUGCUAUCCUACCAUAUUGCUUUCUUAUAGGAUUUGUAGUACCAGUACCAUUGUUUCUAUUACACAAAUGGAAGCCCAAAGCUGGAUUUGAUAGGUUGAAUGUACCACUUUUUACUUCAAGUUUGUAUAAUUGUAUAAAAGGUGCCACAUCAGGUCGAAUGACUGCUAUGGUCAUUGGACUGUAUACACAAUGGUUUUUGAAAAGACAUCAUUCAAAUUGGUACCAAAAGUAUAAUUACAUCAUCAGUGCAGCAUUGGAUGGCGGGACCGAACUUGCAGUGCUUUUGAUGUCAGCUCUAGUACAAGGAGGAGCAGGUUUUCGAGCUCUGACCAUGCCAACAUAUUUCUUGAACCCAACUGGACCAAGAGAUUAUUGUUCUGUUUCAACUUAA